CUCCUCGCUCCUCAGCCUUCUGCUCUCCACCUCGUCCAGACAAUCCCCACCUCUCUCCGUGCGGUUGCGUGGAUUGAUUUGCUUGCUUUGCUUGAUUCGAUUGCCUGGAUCCUAUCCGUACUGCCGCCUCUUGAUUCCCCACACUUGCGACUCCACGGCUGCACGGCUGGCCAUUCCGCUAUUACGGCACCGAGGUCCCGGCCAGCUUCUAAGUCCUCAAUUAGCCCUGCUAUCGCCGUCGCAUUGACGUUCCCGGAUUCAUAACCUCCAGCUUCGUUUCUUCUCUCUCUUCCCUUCUUUCAUCUCUUCCCUCUGUCGCUCAAUCACGUCUCUUGUCCAUCCUGCGAGCUUCAACGGCCCGCCCUCCCUCGCACAGCAUGACAUCCGCAGCUCCCUCCACCGACGGCCCCGUCACGGUCGAGAACCUGGCCAGCGUCCUGCAAAAUGAUACCAUGGUCAAGCUCGCCGGCGUCGAUGUCGACGGCAUCCUGCGCGGCAAGUUGAUCUCCAAGAAGAAGUUCAUGUCCGUCGCCACCGCUGGCUUCGGCUUCUGCUCCGUCAUCUUCGGCUGGGACAUGCACGACCAGACGUACAUGCGCGAGCUCAAGAUUUCAAACGCCCAGAACGGCUACCACGACCUCCUUGCCAUCCCCGACUUGUCCUCUUUCCGCCGUAUUCCCUGGGAGGACAAUGUCCCCUUCUUCCUCGUCGAUUUCCUCGACCCAGAUACCAAGCAGCCUAUCUGCGCAUGCCCCCGUGGCCUUAUCAAGUCUCAGCUGGAUAAGCUAAAGGGUGCGGGUUACGGUGCCAUGGCUGGUGCCGAGUAUGAAUUCUUCCAAUUCCGAAACCCCGAAGCUUCCUCUACCUCCACCGCCGCCUAUCUCCAGCAGAACCCUCCCAGCCAGCUCCCCGCACUCACUGAGGGCAUGUUCGGUUACUCCCUGACCCGCCCCGUCCACAACAAGGAAUACUACUACGACGUCUUCAAGACGUGCGAAGCCUUCCAUUGCAAUAUCGAGGGCUGGCACACAGAGUCCGGCCCCGGCGUCUUCGAGGCUGCGCUCGAGUUCGGCGAGAUUGCGCAGAUGGCCGAUCGCGCAGCCCUGUUCAAGUACGUUGUCAAGAGCGUCAGCACGGGAUACGGCAUCACCCCGUGCUUCAUGGCCAAGCCCAAGCAAGGUCUACCUGGAAACAGUGGCCACAUGCACGUGUCGAUCGUCGACAAGGACGGCAAGAACCUUUUCGCGAGAGAGACUCUGGACGAGAAUGCCAAGUGGAAGGAUAUUGCCGGUCUCUCAGACCUAGGCCGACAUUUCCUCGCUGGAGUCCUCGAGGGUCUCCCUGACAUCAUGCCCCUCCUCGCCCCUACCAUCAACUCGUACAAGCGUCUCGUCGAGAACUUCUGGGCUCCCGUCACCGUAUCAUGGGGCCUCGAGCACCGCGCCGCCUCCGUCCGCCUCAUCACCCCGCCCACUGCCAAGCCUUCGGCCACGCGCUUCGAGGUCCGCGUACCUGGCGCCGACACAAACCCUCACUUUGUGCUGGCUGCCAUCCUCGGCCUCGGCUGGCGCGGCAUCGAGAAGAAGCUCGAGAUCCCCUGCCCGCCCCUCGCCAUGGGCCAGGACGUCGGCGGCGACGCUGACCGCGGCGAGCGCCUGGCAAAGAGCCUGAAGGAGGCGACGGCGCGGUUCAUGGCCAAGGACAGCAUUGCCAGAGAGGUGUUUGGCGACGACUUUGUAGACCACUUCGGCGGCACCAGGGAACACGAGAUUCGGUUGUACGACGAGGCUGUUACGGAUUGGGAAAUGAAGCGAUACAUCGAGACGGUGUAGACGGUGGUACAUGGAGUUUUGGUGGGAGUGCGCCAAGCAUCGCAUAGCAGAAUACGAAUCAUGGCAUGACGGUGUCGAGUCUUGGGCUGAAGAUACCCAGCAGCAAUUUCUUUUUCCCUUUUUCGUGUUUGUAUAAAGCCUAGGUUAUUCAAUUGGUUC